GGUAUUGAAUUAUUCAUCUUCCAACUGACAUUACCAUUCCUUACAUCUCCCAUUUCUUUUUCUUUUCCUUACAAAAAAAUCAUUUUUGUUGUUUUAUGAACACUGAAAACCCUACACUCACCCAUUUCUCAAAUUUUUUUAACUCUCUUAUCUGCUAGUACUAUUCCCUUAUCACUAUCACCUGCAGCAGAAACAGAGAGAAGAGCAACAAAAAAAGCUCAACAUCACCCCCACUCUCUCGUCCUCUUCCUGCUAUCAUCUAUUGCUCUCUCUCAUUACUCUGCUUUUUGCUCUUUUAUUAUCUAACAACUAAACCCUUUAUUUUUGUUGAACUAGUAAAGCAUUACUAGUAUUCAACAGCUAAAGGAAUUAGAAAAAUACCCACAUGGAUCUCUCAUCUUCUUUCUUUCUUAGCUUGUCUUUUGCUUUCCUCAUUCUGUCGAAAGGUGUAUUAGGGGCUACAUUUACCUUUGUGAACAAAUGUGAGUACACAGUAUGGCCAGGUAUUCUUGCUAAUGCAGGUAGUCCAACUCUACAAAGCACUGGAUUUGAACUUCCGCAAGACUCUUCACGUACAUUCACUGCACCCACUGGUUGGUCCGGCAGGUUUUGGGGCAGAACAAGUUGCUCAUUUGACGGAUCCGGGUCGGGUUCAUGCGGAACUGGUGAUUGUGGCUCCGGCGAAGUAGAAUGCAACGGCGCCGGAGCUGCUCCGCCGGCGACUCUAGCGGAGUUUACUCUCGGAACUGGUGGGCAGGAUUUUUACGACGUGAGCUUAGUUGACGGGUAUAAUUUACCCAUGGUGGUCGAAGCUUCGGGCGGGUCGGGUAUGUGUGCGACGACGGGUUGUGUUACGGAUCUGAACCAAAUCUGCCCGACGGAACUGAGGAGUGGCGGUGGAGAAGCGUGUAGGAGCGCGUGUGAGGCGUUUAACAAGCCGGAGUAUUGCUGCAGCGGCGCGUAUAAUACACCGGCGACUUGUAAACCGUCGAUGUACUCGCAGAUGUUCAAAACUGCUUGCCCGAGAUCGUAUAGCUACGCUUAUGAUGAUCCUACUAGCACUUUCACUUGCAGUGGCGCAGAUUAUACGGUCACAUUUUGCCCUUCAACCCCAAGUCAAAAAUCUACAAAAGAUACGACACCUACUACAACAACACCCAGUGAUAGCGGGUCUUAUGAUGGGACAGGAGUUGUGGACCCUGCAACAGGAACAGGGUCAAGUUCAGGCCAAAUGGUUUCCGGAUCGGGUGCCGGGUUAGAGUACGGGUCAGGAACACAAUACGGGUCAGGAUCCGGAACAGAAUAUGGGGGAGGAACCGAAACGCAGUCCGGAUCCGGGUCUCAAGCUAUGCUGACAGAUGGGUCAUAUUUAGCUGGAUUAGCCAUGGGAGAAUCCACAAGAGUUCUCUAUCCAACAGCUUUGCAUUUCAGUGCUUUGGCUGCAACUUUGGUUUUAUUUGUUUUCUUGUAGCUGUAAUGAGAGUGGGGUUUUUUGCCUUUUGUCUAGUAAAGCUGAUAGAUUCCUCCAGAUUGUAAGCCACCACUUUCCAUAAAUUAAUGUUUUUUUUAGCUAUGAAUCUUUUUUUCUCUUCUUUUUAUUGUUGUACUUGGCCAUAUUUUCACUUUUCAAUGUGUAUAUGUAAUGCAGUAUUCUUUCU